GAGUGGUGCGAGGGAGACGGACAUUUCGAGGGAGAUAACGAGAGCGGAGUGGGAGAGCUGAAGAGAGAAGGAGUACGAGUUGGAGGGGAGUAAGAGCAAGCGAGCCAGGGCGAGGCGCAGUCAGACAGUCAGGCAAGCCGCCCGGCAAGCAAGGAAGGCAGACAGGCUAGCAGGCAGCCAGUGCACCAGCCAAGACCACUAGAUCCGCUCGGCUUACCGACUUAGAGACUUAAGCCGGCAGGCAGUCCGAAAGGCUCAACCGGCUAAGCCUGGCGGACCCACCUACUACCGACGCGCGGCCACUACACGUUCCAUCUACUACGAAAACCGGCUACACUACCGCGACCUGCAGCACAGUUCGCGCUUUCUUACGCUUCCUCUGUCUCUCCCUCUCUUUCUCUCUCUCUCUCUCUCUCUUUCUCUCUCUCUCUCGCACACACACGCGGACACACACGCACACACUCUCCAUCCACGCUGUCUGUCUGUCGUUCCUUAACGCGUGGCCACGUUAAGGUGAGAAGAGCAGCGGGACUAACGGAGCGUAGCCGGCGCGCCACGUUUCCACGGGGUUUCCGAUCGUCCGUCCUCGUGAUGUCACGCCGCUGUCCUCGCGCCGAAUUUUCGCCCUCGGCCAACUCGUGAACCACGCAUUUCGCGCGAACCACGAGUCCAUGGAAAUCGUUGGUGUUGCCCCCGGUGUGGCUCGUGGUCAACGAUCCGAUCCGCCCAAGUCCAGUGUAUAGCAACGGUACAUAUACGUGUAUACGAAGGUGUCGCGGUUCUGUGAUGUCUGUCCACGCCUGGAUAUAUAUAUAUACGUAUACGUAUAGCUUGUGAUCGAAGUUCGAAGACGAGGCUGGGAACAGUGCAGUGAAGGGAUUCGAUGUCAAGUGAGAGUCGGUUUCGAGGAAACGUCGAUAGAGAAAGACUUCGUCUUUCGUACCUGACAACAUUCUUGGAUUCCUCUCGAUCCUAGAAGAGAGAGAGGAGAGAUCCGCGCGAGGAUUCGCGGUAGGAUGUGCGGUAGAUACGUGCGCGGAGCAAUUCGACGCCUGUCAAAGGGGAUUUAAUCGCGGUGUGCGCGGCUUCGACAUCGACGACCACAAGUGCGAUCCAUUUAACCCACUUUCCACUCCAAAUCUCCCACUAUUAUCAUCUCGAUCCUUACGUAACGUGUAUACGUCGCCUCGUUUGUCCCCGAUUAAUCAGUCCGGUUCUAUCCGGGGCAUAUACGUGCGAUCACGACGCAAGCAAACUCAACCUUGCCCAACCGAUUCUAUGGAAGUAUCAAUCAUCCUCGACCGUCAACGUCGCGCGGCCAUCAACGAGCUCCUGUGCUUUCCGCGAAGUCGCAACGACCCGAUCCGACGGGACGACGCGACCAACCCGUUGUUCGAUCACCGACUAAAAAACUAUCCUCCGAUUGACUAACCCAUAUGACUAACCUCGUCAAAACCGGGGAUCGUCGAGUGCAAUCGUCCAACGAUCGAGAGAUUCGCCACCUCUGACGUUCGCCACUCGUCUCGAAGAGAAGAAGGACGGGAGGAAGAGGAAGAGGAAGAACAUCGAAUUGUUGGAUUUCGCCUCGAGCCGACGGCCGUCGCCGCGAUAAAGGCUUGCGACAUUGUCACCGGCGCUCCUGCAGACAAUUGGCUUGGGGGAACGUUCGAUGCGUUCCUGAGACGAGGAUCGAGGACAGAGACGAGACGUCCCUGGAUCGGUUUGAUCCACCGCGGCAAACGUCCUCGCGACGGUGGGGGGCACACGUUGAUCUUGGCUCGCGUUGUACAGAUCAGUCAACACGACGUUAACCUUCUACAGUAUGGAAAGGGGCAGCGGGGGCGGGGGGAGCCUCGAGCUAGCCGGCGGCGGAGGAGGAGGCGGCGGGAACACGGAUCUAUGCCUUCAGGAUCUGGUCACGGGAUCGACGGCCGGCCUGUCGGUCCAGCAUCACCAGCACUCGGCAGCUGCCGCUUCCAUGGCAGGCCUCCACGGCGAUCAUCUUCAAGGAGCGAUGCACCACCACGAUCUACACGGCAACUCGCACCACGACGCCUCCAUGCUGCACAAUUCGAACCAUCAGUUGCACGAGCCGUUGGAGAAGCUGAAACGUGUAUGGGCACAGGGCGACUUCCGGGACGAGGUGACCGGGGGUUUGGCAAGGCUCGAUUUGACGGGUCACGGAGCUCACACUCCCGGUGGAAGCAACCCCAGCACACCGGGUGCGACACCCACGACACCCUCCGGUGGAUUUUCUACCGCACAACCUAGGUCCCGCACGAACACGACACACAGGCCGGAUAUCCGAAAAGAUGUUGCGACACCGACAGAGGUGAAACACGAAUUGGGAGCCGGUGGAGGGGUUGUCUCCCCUGACGGUGUGGUUGGGGUAAAUAACGCGGACGAUAAGGAUGGAAAGAAGAACAAACGCCAGAGGCGGCAGAGGACGCAUUUCACGUCCCAACAACUUCAAGAGCUCGAGGCUUUGUUCAUGAGGAAUCGGUAUCCAGAUAUGUCGACCAGGGAAGAAAUAGGUCUGUUCACCAAACUUCCAGAACCUCGUGUCAGGGUAUGGUUCAAAAAUAGGCGGGCGAAGUGGCGGAAACAGACGCGGAACGCGAACACCGCGGCGGACACGGUUGACUUCAAGCCCGGUUUCGGCGCCAGCCUGAACAGCUUCAUCGGCCAACCGUUCGCAGACCCGGACGCCCUCUACAGCUCGUACAGCCCGUACAACAACUGGGCGGCCAAAGUGCCCUCGCCUCUGAGCAGCAAAAGCUUCCCCUGGGUGAACACCCUGGGCUCGGUGGUUCCGACGGCGUCGCACCACCAUCACCACACCCAAGUCAGCCCCGUCAACUGUUUCAACGCCGCGGCGACGUCCGUGGCCGGGAACCACAUGGGCGGGAUGUCCGUGUCGGUCGGCCAGGCGGCCACCUCCAUGCUACCCGGAAUGGGUUCCGGGCUGGGGGUGGCCGGUUCGCCGGUGGCGGCGACGGGGGCCGCGUGUCCUUACGCGGCACCGGCCGCGCCGCACCACCCUUACGGGCCAUCCGUGUACACGCCGCACCACAGAACAGCGGCGGCUCCGGAGAGCUGUACCGUGAUGACCUCGAGCAGCAUCGCCUCCCUCCGAUUGAAGGCGAGGCAGCACAGCAGCGGUUACAGCCUGAGCGGGAACUCGUUCAGCAUGGACAGCACGCCGGUCUCGGCGGCUGGCAGCCCCGUUGGGUCCAGGGCUCCGUCCGUGGGCGGUGGCCCCCUGUCGGCGUGUCAAUACGCGCUGACAACGGCGGGCGAGGGGAACCCUCACUCGCCGAGCAGCGCGGAGGCCCACGUGAACGCGACGGCCAGGGCCCAAGUCUGAGGC